AUGUUGAAAUCCAGAGCAGAUGCUACAGCAAAAUCCUACAUGCGAGUUAUUAAGAAGUUUUUGGAUUGGUGUAAAAGCAAGCAAAUAAGCUUUGAGCUACCUUUUCCUUUAGGUGUCGUAUCUCUUUAUUUGUUCGAAGUCCAACAGUCUUGUAGUUCCAGUUCUUCUGUAAUUUUGACCCACGCCGCCCUUAAAUGGCUACAUUCAUUUGUUCCUAGUCUUGAUUGUAACCCAUUGGAUAGCGAUUUUUGCAGAAAUAUUAUCGAAUCUGCCAAACGCCAGAGGUAACAACCGAUUGUGAAAAAGAAACCCAUUACCACAGAAAUCAUUAGGAACAUAUUGGAUGUUCAUAACAAGGAAGAGUCUAAUCUGAAGGAUCUUCGUAUUGCCGCAUUAUGCUCAUUAGCUUUCGCAGGUUUUCUUCGGUAUGACGAUUUAUGUAAUAUCGUUCCGAAGCAUAUUGAGUUUCAUAAUGAU